CACAAAAGUUUUCAGAAAACGCUGCCACCACCUCAUCACCUACAUACAAUAUUAAAAUUCAAUUGCAAUAAUAUUUUUGAAGUGCAAUUCAAUUUUUAAAAAAUAAGUACUUUUAACAAUUAUGGGAGAUACUAUAGACCAAAACAAUAAUCCUGAAGAAUUGGUGAACUCCAUUCAAGUUGAUUUAAAUCAGAAUCAUGUCGAAAACAUUAAAUUUGAGGAAAGUGGAGCAGUUGGUGGUGCAGAUGUGAACACUAAUAAGCAACAAGAACUUCUUGAUAUGGUUUUUUCAUUGGAAAGCGAAAAACAAUCCAUAAUCGAGGAGUCCCGCCGAAGGAUAACCCAAUUACGAAAGGAUCUUGAAGAAUCUUUAAUGGAGAACGAAAAACAAAAGAAAAAAAUCAGUCAAUUGGAGCAAACUCUUGUUCAAUCGGCUGCUUUGGGUGGCAUUGAAGGACCCAAAUCGAAACAAGACCAAGAGGAACUUUUACUUCGGGCAAAAACACUGCUAUUUGAAAAGACAAAAGUUUGCAAGCAACAGGAACAACAAAUAGCCACCCUCAAGACACACGUCGAUUCGAUGAAGGAUGUUGUUGCCGUCACCAAGGAUAUGUUGAAUCUUAAAACUGCCGAAGCCGAUCAUACACAGUCUCGAUUAGACACUGCUAUGUUAAGAAUAAAGGCCGAACGGGACAAGUGUGCCAUUUUCGAGAAGAAACUUGCCAUCUCACAGGCUGUCUAUGAGAAACUACGAUCGGAAUACGAUGUCCAGUCUAAUAUUUUCAAGGGAUUGAAAGAAGCCUACGAACAGAAAGUCGUCGUUCUUUCAAAUGCAUUGGAGCGCGCGAAGCAAGAUUAGAGAUCUCUUAGAUUGAUUUUAUUUCCACAUAAAUAUCUAUUUCGUUUAAAUAAAAAGAUGUAGAAAUUUAUUUUUUAAUUUGUACAAAAAAGUAAGUGUUCUUAA